UUAUGGAUAUGAAUGCUUUCAAGGAGCAGUUUGGAGCUAUAAUGACAUAGUUUGAAGUAGUUUGGGGGUUCUUUAAUGGCCUAUGUCAGUUCAAUUCAACCCCAAUACUUUUUCAACUUCAAAACAAACAAAGUACAUGCCCUAUUACCAUGGAAGGAGGUUGCAACAGUGAAGGAAAGAAUCUAGGACAGUUUGAAGACUUUUUCAAGUGGUUGAGAGCAUCUAGGAGGAGGUUGAAGACUUCUUGAAACAGUUGAGAAAAUUUAGGGGGCAGUUUGAUACUUUUUCCAAGGCAUUUCCAAGCAUCUAGGAGCUGAUAUAAGAGCCUAAUAAAUAGGAUAACAGUUGGGAAGGACUUUUCUUCAUAAAAGUCACUUUUUGGAGCUGAUUUGAAGGCUAAAAAAUAGCAACAAACAACUUGGACGCCCAAGGAGGAUUGACCAAGCAAAAUCAAUUUCAGUUGUCCACUGGUAAGUUGAAAAUAAUGCAAGUUGAUAAUACAAAAGGGAGAGAGGAGGGCAGACACCAAGCAGGGAAUUUUAAGAAAUGGCCACGUUGGGCUGAAGCUUUACGAGAUGUUGCUUUUAGUCCAGAAAAGUACAAGGAUAAAGUACUUAAGGUUACAAAUGAAGCUGUGGUGUACCCAGACUUGUAUCCUAAGGGUAAGAAACAUGUAUUGGUAAUAUCGAGAAUGAAUGGUCUCAAUAGCUUGGAAGAUGCUGGUAAAGAACAUUUGCAACAUUUACAGAAUAUACACAAUCUUGGACAAGAAUGGGUUGCAAAGUUUUUAAAUGAAGACCAGUCAAUGAUUUUUCGGCUUGGUUAUCACUCGGUUCCCUCAUUGAGGCAAUUACACAUGCACGUCAUUAGUCAAGAUUUCGAUUCUCCCUUCUUAAAGAAUGCAAAGCACUGGAAGUCUUUCGCAUCAUCGUUUUUUCUAGAUUCAAAAAAUGUAUUAGCUGAGCUUGAGUCAAACGGUAAGAUUAAUCCUUGCAGUGAAGAAGGCAGGAUGCUGGAAUCUCCAUUGAGGUGUCAUCGAUGCAAGACUUUGCAUAAAGAUAUUGCACAUCUAAAAUACCAUAUCUGUAAAUGCAAAAUACCUUUUGCUCCAGAUCUGAUCCCUUAUUUGUAUGCAUCUAAUUUGUCUGCAUAGUUUAUCUAUUGUCUUUGAUGUACGCGUUUGUUGGCAAUCAGCAGCAAUUAUGGUGUGCUAAAGUGACAUCUUUAGUAUAAAUUAUCUGUAAAAUAAAAAAAUGUCUUGAAAUAGUUUUAAAUCUAGUCCUUGUGGUGUUCGUUUGAUUCUAAACAAUCCUGUACAAAGCCCAUGAGAAGUUUUAUUAUAUAUAGAAAUGUAAGCUUCCAGGUAUUUAAGGUUUA